CUUAGACACGGGCCUUGAUCCCCCUGCAAUUCGCGCUAAAUAACUCCUAUGCCUCCGCUAUUAAAUAAGCACCCAGCGAGCUACUCACCGGUAUGCGUAUGGAUGACGGACUGCGAUACUUGGGAGAAGGAAGCAAUAUCCUCCCCCGGGAUAUCCUCCGGGAAGAAGCCCGUCUGGCCGUCGCGGAAGCCCAGGCAGCCAUAAAACGCCAAUACGACUCGAACCACCGACCCACCGAGUAUAAACCAGGGGAUUGGGUAUGGUUGCGGCUUGGGAAAGGAUAUAACGUAGCCGACGACCGCGUCCCCAAGCUGAAGACAUAACGCACCGGGCCCUACAAGAUCCUCGAGCGAGUCGGACACCUGGCAUACCGGUUGGAUAUGGCUAACAAUCUGAACAUUCACCCGGUAGUGUCGGUAGUGUACCUCAAGCUGGCUCAAGAACCGAAGGCACGGCCCGGACCGGUGCAUGUCGAGGAGACCGGAUCAACUCAAUGGCGAGAGGAUACGGGACACUGGGAAAUCGAGAAAAUCAUCGACACCCGGAGGAUCAAGCGAGGAAAACGGAAAACGACGGAGUACCUGGUCGUCUGGAAGGGAUACCCGAGCAACUAUAACCUCUGGCUGGAGGAGAGUGCUAUCGCAGCGGAUGACAAAAUCGAGGAGUUUCAUCGGAACCAGAUCGAUGUCAAGGCCCUGAAAAAGAACCCCCGGCAAGACGCAGGAGGGCCUGCGGAGUCUUCAUCCGACGAGGGGGAGGACCCCAAGGAGCCAGCAAGCAAGGGCGGCAAGAACGACGGGCCAGAAGCCCAGACUCCCAAGCGCCGGACAUGCAGGCAGGAAAGCAGCAACCACCGACCAGUACGGACCUGAUACUGGCCAAACGACCCACUGAGGAAGCCCGACUAAGGAGUGGAAGGAAAACCCAAAGGACGCGCCCGAGGCCACCCCAGCCGAGUCCUAAGGGAAGACAAACGCGACCAAGUGGUCGGGAUAGAGCGAGGAGAUGAUGAGGCUGAGUGGCCAGGACGGAGGAAUAGAACCAUAACUGACCGGUGGAAGUCUACCUGGGAAUGCCUACGGUCCGCGG